AUGGACUCCGAAAAUUACGACGAGCAACCACCCUAUGGUUCCCGCGAGCAAUUGGAGCAUCCUGUCGGCGAACUUCCCUCCGUCCCACUAGUCACCACCCCAUUUCUUGGGGUGCAAUCCGUGUGGUCCACUGAGAUGGCGUUUGCGUCACCUUACUUGAUUUCCCUUGGUCUUCCCAAGAGCCUAACGGCGUGCACUUUCCUCGCUGGCCCACUCUCUGGUCUACUCAUUCAACCCCUGAUGGGAAGUUAUGCUGACGCUUCAAGAUCUCGUUAUGGUAGGAGACGACCCUUUAUGCUGGGUGGUUCUGCAAUCUGUGCAGCGGCCAUGCUGUUGCUUGGAUUCAGCAAACCGCUUGGGUCACUGUUUUUUGGCCAAACAGCUACGGGAAAUACUAUUACAAUAAUUCUUGCUGUGGUGGCUCUUUAUGUGAUAGACUUUUCCAUUAAUGCUGGCAAUGAUGGCAGUGGACCGGGCACUCAUAGUAGAUGUGCUACCCUCUACGCUCCAAGACCACGCCAACGCUUGGGCGAGCCGAAUGAUCGGUAUUGGAAACAUAGCGGGAUUUUACAUGUGGGACCUUCGCUCCCUACUCGAUUAAACUUACCUCGGCUCCACAGUGGAAACCUGCAUCUACCCAAUAUAUUGCCAUUUCUUGGCUCCACUCAGCUAGAGAUUGUAUCCGUGAUUGCAACUUCCAUUCUCAUUGGGACACAUAUACUAGCUAUCGUCAGCAUCAAGGAAAGGCCUCUAACGGGCCCGGUAAAGGCACAACAAACGGUGUUAUCCACGUUUACGAAUGUGUUUCUCCAUUUUCGACAGCUGUCUAAAGUCGUCAGGACUGUUUGUCUGAUCAAAUUCUGGUCAAGUCAAUUCGUCACAACAUUCUUCGCUACAGUGUACAUCAGCGAUAUUUACAACAAGCAAUAUCCAGACCAGUCCCUUUCAACGCCUCCGAAGCAUUUGAGCACUGAUGACGCCAUUCGGGCGGGAUCAUAUGCUUUGUUUCUCGGCGCUAUCGCCACGCUUGUUGCCACCAUCGUUGUGCCCUGGCUUCAAAAGAAGUUCAUGCGCAGAGGUCGGAGUGGUUUGAUCACUUCAUCCAGCGCGGCAUCGUUGGCGUUUGUUUGGGCAUGUAGCAAUGCGUUGUAUUCGGUCCUCAACUUCCUGAGUGGAGCAUCGAAGUCCGUAGGCUUUGCCACUGCAAUAAUCGCUCUAAUGGGCACCUGCGUCGGCGUGGACCAUUGGGCGCCAUACGCAUUAAUUGGUGAAGCCCUCCUCGUAGAGUCCCGAACUCAUCCGUCGGCUCCACAGUCUGGAUCCGGGACGCCGGACACAGAUCUUGACGUGACAGAAACGUUAUUGGAGGGACAAGGCAACAGUUCCUCGGCUGUUAAGAGCUCUGAUGCCGCAGCCAGCGCUGGCGUUGUCUUGGGCAUCUACAACAUAUUUGUAGUUCUGCCGCAGUUUCUUUUUAUUGCGCUGAGUGCAAUCAUAUUCCAGAUAAUGGAACCAAACCGUGAUGUGAUUCACCCUGGGCCGAGUUCAGUACCAUCAACCGACGAAGCGAAACCUGAGGGCGGGCCAAGUGCCAUUGUUGUUAUAUUUUGGUUCGCAGGACUAAGUUCUUUGAUAGCAACAUACUAUUCCCUCAAGCUGAUGAUGUACCUUCGAAAACAUCCUCUGGACUAGCAUGAAUGACUUUUUUUUU